AUGGUUCUCUCAAAACCGGAUGAUGCUCCCGUACAAAAACUCUUCGAUCUUACGGGCAAAGUCGUCGCCAUUACUGGGGGCGGACGAGGAAUCGGCCUAGCUGUGGCUACUGCAUAUGCUGAGGCCGGUGCCAAAAUUGCUCUUCUUUACCGCACAACUACAACCGCCCCGAGAACCGCAGAAAAGCUUUCCGUUGAAUAUAAAACGGACGCUCGCGCUUACCAGGCUGAUGUCACCGUCCCGAAAGAAAUCUCGUCGGCAAUCGAUCAGAUUUCUCGGGACUUCGGAAGGUUGGAUGUUAUUGUGGCCAACGCCGGCAUUUGCUCCGAGCAUUCGGCCGAGGAGUACACUCCUGACGAGUUCCAGGAAAUCAUGAACGUCAAUGUUAACGGUGCAUUCCAUACUGCACAGGCUGCCGCAAAAAUAUUCAAGCAGCAAGGUUUCGGAAAUGUAGUGAUCACAGCAUCUGUCAGCGCUACGCUCGUGAAUACGCCCCAGCGCCAGGCCGCAUACAAUGCCUCCAAGGCUGGCGUCUUGCAACUGGCCAAAUCCCUCGCAGUGGAAUGGGUGGACUUCUGUCGGGUUAAUUGUGUUUCGCCGGGCUAUAUACAAACUCAGAUCAUGGAAUACGCAUCAAAGGAUAUGCUCGACAAGUGGCUGGGUCAAAUCCCUGCCCGCCGAUUCGCGUCUCCAUAUGAGCUUAAAGGGGUAAGGAUUUGCUAA